GGGGCAGCGGCGCGGACAGGAGGAGGUGGCGGAGGUGGCGGCAACGGCGACCCCCGCCCGCCCGUCUGCCUUCGUUCCUCCCUUUCUUUCUUUCCCCCCCCCGUACCAGCGGGUACCGGGCGCUCCCGAGCCGCAUAGGCCGGCACCGGCGCUGGCGCAGCGCGGGCCCGCGGGGGCCUCGGGCGGGCCCGGCCGCCCGUCCCUUAUGUAAGUGACCCCCGGGCUGCGGCGCCGUGUCCGCCACACGUGCCCGGCCCCCGGCGGCGGGGGAGGCCCGGGCGGCGCGGCCUGGGCAGCGCACAUGGGAGGCUCCGCAGCCGGGAGGCUCCGUCAGGCUGGGGGGCGUGGGAGAUGCGGCGGCUGCCGCCAGGAGCUUUCCCUCCUGCCCGGCCACCCGCGCACGCCCUCUGUUUUCGCCCCUUCCGUCGUGUUUCUGGAGGGUUUUUCUUUACUUUUUUCUAAUUCCUCCUUCCCCUCCCCCGCCGGGCUUCGGGGUUGUAUUCCAUGAGGAGGCGGGAAAUGCGCUCCGUGCGUAGAGCGGCGAUUGCGGGACGUGGGAUGGGUGCAGUGGGGAGGCCACAGCUUUAGAAGGAUCCAGUGCGAUUUGUGGGGGUCUCUGGGUCUUUGCACGAAGCAAAGCAUCACGAAGCAGAGUUGCUGCUGGCUUAAACAAAAGUGCUCGGUGCCUUUCUUAAUAAACUUGAAGAAUGCGAGACCUAACGGCUCAGGUAACGAGCAGUCUGCUGCAGUUUCCAGAGGUGACUGUUGAGGCACUUGGGGAAGAUGAGAUCACCCUAGACUCUGCACUGUGUGGGAAGUUUUCUGGAGGCAGAAGCGGCCUGGCGUGGCUGGCGUGCGGGCCCCAGCUGGAGGUGGUGAACUCGGUGAGCGGAGAGCGGCUCUCUGCGUAUCGCUUCAGCGGAGUGAACGAGCAGCCUCCCACCGUCCGCGUGGUGAAGGAGUUCUCUUGGCAGAAGAGGACUGGACUCCUGGUUGGGUUGGAGGAAACAGAGGGAAGCGUUCUCUGUCUGUACGACCUUGGGAUCUCAAGAGUGGUUAAAGCAGUUGUUCUUCCAGGAAGGAUGAAGAGUUUGAAGAGGGAGCACCACUCCCAGCUUGAAGGAGGAAGAAUUCCUGUCUAUGCAGUUACUUUUCAAGAGCCUGAGAAUGAUCCCCGCAAUUGUUGCUACUUGUGGGCUGUUCAGUCUACACAACAAAGUGAAGGUGAUGUUGUGAGUUUACAUCUGUUGCAGUUAGCAUUUGGUGACAGGAAACGCCUGACAUCAGGACAAGUCAUGUAUGAGGGUUUGGAAUACUGUGAUGAAAGGUACAGUUUAGAUCUCAGUGGUGGAAUCUUUCCCUUGAGAGGGCAGACCAGCAAUACUAAAUUACUCAGCUGUCAGACCAUAGAAAAAUUUCGCAACCAUGCUGACAGAGAGGACAGCGUUAAUGAAGUAAUCUCUCCUGACACCAGUGUAUCAAUCUUCAGUUGGCAAGUAAAUACCUAUGGUCAGGGAAAACCAUCUACUUAUUUGGGAGUGUUUGACAUCAAUCGCUGGUAUCACGCUCAAAUGCCAGACUCACUGAGGCCAGAAGAAUUGCUUCAUGAUUGCCCCUAUUUUGCACUGUGGUCGCUGGAUCCUGUAAUAAGCAUGACUUCUCCAAACCUCAUUUUGGAUAUUCUGGUACACGAGCGUAGUCUAAGUCGGGGGGUUCCUCCUUCUUAUCCACCACCUGAACAGUUUUUUAAUCCAAGCACCUAUAAUUUUGAUGUGACAUGCUUGCUCAACUCGGGAGUUGUUCACAUGACUUGCACCGGCUUCCAGAAGGAGACCCUGAAGUUUUUGAAGAAAUCUGGUCCUUUAAUAAGUGAAGCCAUUCGUGACAGCUACACUCGGUGUCUUGUAGCUGGCUUGCUGUCUCCAAGACUGGUUGAUGUCCAGCCAUCCAGUCUGAGUCAGGAGGAGCAGUUAGAAGCAGUGUUGUCAGCUGCUGUGCAGACGGGUUCUUUAGAACUUCUGACGGGAUGCAUUAAACACUGGACUUGUGAAGAGCAGCCAAGUUCUGCUGUAAAUUUACGGUUUGUUCUUGAGUGGACGUGGAACAAAGUGAUCUGUACAAAAGAUGAACUGGACCAAAUAUGUGUUCCGCUGUUUGACGGCUCCUGCAACUUCAUUGACCCGCAGACAUUACAGUCCCUUCAGCACUGCCAGCUGCUGCUGAGCAACCUCAGCACAGUCCUGAACUGUUUCCUGACAGAAGCCCGAGAGCUGACUGAGAAAGGUUUUUCAGACUUGGCAAAUAAGCAGAUGGUAACCAACCUCAUUUUUUUGUAUGCACAAGUGGUGAUCUGGUUCUGUCGAUCCAGUCUCCUUCCCGAGGGUUUAGAUGAUCACAUGCAUUUGUCCAGACUUUUCUACAAUUACCCUUUGAUUCAGAGCUACUAUACGGGUCACCGAGAGAAACUCGAGCGCUUAUCAAGAGGCAAAUGGGAUUCUGAUUGCUUGAUGAUUGAUGGAAUGGUUUCCCAGUUGGGAGAGGAAGUGGAGAAGUUGUGGCAGAGGGAUGAAGGCGGCACUGGGAAAUACCCACCUGUUAGUUUACAUGCACUGCUGGAUCUCUAUUUGCUAGAAAGCAUUGAUGAAAGCGACAAACAUGCAAUUACAAUUUACUUGCUGCUGGAUAUCAUCCAUUCUUUUCCAGAUAAAACAGAAACUUUACUUGUUUCCUUUCUAACUGCCUUUGCUAUCCCUUGGGGUCUUGUUAAGCUGAUUCAAGGGUUUUGGCUCCUAGAUCACAAUGAUUAUGAAAAUUCCCUGGCCCUGCUCUUCCAUCCAGCUACAAUCAAGACUGUGUCAUGGCAACACAUGAGGAUAAUUCAGUCCCUCAUGUGCCAGGGAGAGCACAGGCGAGCCCUCAGGUACCUGCAGAUGAUGAAGCCAUCGAUGUCCAGCAGCAGUGAAGUGCGGCUCUUCCUCACCGUGUUGUUGUCCAAUAGGUGCAUGGUGGAGGCUUGGGGUCUGUUGCAGCAGCACACCACGAAGUUAAACAUAGAAGAGCUGCUCAAGCACAUGUAUGAAAUCUGUCAGGAGAUGGGGCUGAUGGAGGAUUUGCUGAAGCUGCCCUUCACAGACACAGAAAAAGAGUGUUUGGAGAAGUUUUUACAGACCAAAUCUGGUGUUCAGAAUCAUGAAUUCCUCCUAGUCCACCAUCUGCAGCGUGCCAACUACAUCCCAGCACUCCAGCUGAAUCAGUCCAUGAAGGCCAAUCUGAUGAACGAUCGUGAUCCUCGCUUGAGAGAGAGAGCAGUUGCCAGAAAUUCUCUGUUAGACCAAUAUGGCAAGAUCCUUCCCACAGUUCAGAGGAAGCUGGCAGUAGAGAGAGCCAAGCCGUACCGUUUGCCUUCAUCGGUCCUAAGAGAAGUCCCAAGGCCAAAGCCAUUAUCGACAGCAACAAGGCAGGCUAAUGCAGGAAAUGUGCAUACGAGAACAAGUUUAAUCACUAAAGUACUAUCCAGAUUUAAAGAAGCAUGGCUAGGAAACAAGACAACCAAUUUCUCAGAGUAUAAUAAGUUGCUGGAUUUGGUGGUUCGUCCUGUUCCUUCCCGCUCUGUGGCACAGGAUGAGAGCUGGCAGUCCCCGUGCAGAGCUUCUACAUCCAGCCCCCUGGGAUCAAACACACAUUGCUCCAGCUCCCAAAACAGUCUGCCAAGAGCAUCAGAGCAGAAUGUACUGGAAACUGCUCCUGUGGUCAAGGUUUGUAUUUUAAGAAGUCAGUAGCAACCAACCAAACCAGAAGCUUGUGGGCUUUGUUUAAAAGGAAACCCCUGGGUUCAAAUUGUGAGGUAUUUUUAGCAUGCAUGUAGUUAUUGUAUACACAGUCCUUUUCGAAGCAGUAAAAUGGGAACAGAGGGAAAGUUUAGUUUUCACUUAAUUGGAGUGGUUACCUUGUCCCACAGCUUUGAGAAAUACUCUUGUUUUUAUUGCAUGGAACAAAGUUCAACCUGGACUUUUCAACCUGCCUAAAGAUGCAAUUUGUGGCUUAACCGUGUCAUUAUUUAAGUGCCAAGUAGUUUUGUGCAGUUUUAUGUGCAUUUCUACAAUCAAGAACAGUGCUUCAAACUCUUAAUCCAGUCACAUGAAUGACAACUGAGCAAUGUCAGUCUCUGUCAAGAUUCAGUGAUGACUCUCUGCUGCAGUUUUGCUUAUCAGUUGUUUGUGUUAAGCUGUAUUUCCAGUCACUGCCAUCAAACUGUUACCAUAAGGCAGUAACACCUGACAUGGCCCCUUGCUGCUGAUCUUUUUGCCUUUGCCUACCUGAAUGAAAUCACUGCCAUCUCCCUAAAUUAUAACCUUUUUCUUGUUAUGAAAUAUCAUCUGUACUACUGAACUAGCUUCAUCCUUCUCCUUUUUAACUCUUUCAAUACUGCAAAACAUUUCUGAGCCAGGAAGACCUGAACACUGCUACAUGAAGCUAUGUAGGUAUGUUUACAGCACGAUCCCCUCAUCUUGUGUGCAGACUGAUUAAUUAGUGCAGAAAUAAGCUGUGGCUGUUGCCCUGUUGACUGGUCUCUGGAAUACAGUAAUUGAAAAUGCUGCCUUGUAGAAUAAUGGUUUGUGCCUUUUAAAAGAGCAGUGUAGAAAUUGCAAAAAUUACUGGGAUAGGAGAGAACAUUGUAGACAACAAGAUGCUAUAUUCUUGUUUCUUCGGGAAAUUUGAAAAGUAACCUUUCUUUUGUCACAACUGAAGCUUUAAGCAUUCCCAUUUAAGCACUGGGGACCAAUUGUACUUCACCCUGUCAGAGGCAGUGGGGCACUCUGGCUGUGGAGCAGUGCCGAGGAUACUGCAAUGUUAUGGGCACUGCUGGCUGUGUACACACCUUGUGCUGGAAAACUGCUCCUGGUCAUGGCAGUGACAAAUGGUCAAUUCUGAACAGAAAUAUCAGAAACAGAGCAUGUGAACUGCACACAGGGACUGCUCUGGUCCCUGUGCCUCAAGUACAUAAACUUGCAGCUGUAAGGUAGUACAGAAUGUGUACAUAUGUUUCACAUUCAGGGGUGAGUGGAAGGGAAAAACAGCUUUUCAGUGUCUUUAAUUUCUUCUAGCUCAGUGUGAAAUUACUGUUUGCUACUGAAUAAAAGCAUUAACA